AUGGUCCGCCAUAAGAAAGAUAACUUCGCUCGAGGAGGCAAAAAAUUCUCCUCAAACCCCCGCCCACGAGUACCCCGCGACGAUGGUGAUGCUGGUACUUCGUCUCGGCCUGCUUACCGCGCUGCAUGCUGGGAUAUGGGACACUGCGAUCCCAAGCGAUGCUCGGGGAAACGACUUAUGAAACUUGGUCUGAUGCGAGAACUACAUGUUGGCCAGCGAUUCCCCGGUGUCAUUAUCUCACCCAAUGCCAAGCGCGUUGUAUCUCCGGCCGACCGUGAACUUAUGGAACAGCAUGGUACCGCGGUUGUAGAGUGUUCUUGGGUGCGAGUCAAGGAAGUGCCCUGGUCGCGAAUUGGCGGAAAAUGCGAACGUCUUUUGCCAUAUCUAAUCGCCGCUAACACCGUCAACUAUGGCAAACCAUGGAGACUGAAUUGUGUCGAAGCGCUUGCGGCCUGCUUUGCUAUUUGUGGACAUAGGGAAUGGGCAGAGGAUGUUCUCAAGAACUUCAGUUACGGACCAGCCUUCCUCGAAAUCAACUCCGAGCUACUUGAUCGUUAUGCUGCCUGCGAAACAGAAGAGGAGGUGAAAAAAGCCGAGGAGGACUGGCUGGCCAAGAUUGAAAAAGAGUACGAGGACAAUCGUGCCGAAGAUGGAGAUAUCUGGGCAGCCGGCAAUACGAAUCGCAACACGAAUCGAGAAGUCGACUCAGAUGAUGAGGAAGAGAGUGGAGAAGAUGGUAGCGAGGGUGAGGAUAAUGAAAGCGAAGAAGAUGAAGACAAAGACCCAUUUGCGAUCUCCGAUGACUCGGAGGAUGAAGACCAGAUGGCCGAGAUUCGUCAGAAGAUUCUCAACUCUAAAGCAUUCCAGAACCCAUCUGUACCGGAUAAACAACAGCCAGAGAAGAUUGAGCGACCAGUGCCAGCUUAUGUGGACUCAGAUGCCGAGUCUGGGUCGGCGGGCAGCGAAGACGAAGAUUUUGACAACAUCAUCAACGCGACCACAGUUACAGAUCGUACUGGAAUCAAGGCAAUUCAACGGCGUCGAGCUCAAGAAACCGUCAGUGCUUCAUUUAGUCGGACAGAACUCUCGGCGCCAAAGAGAUGGUGA